AUGACCGAAGGUUUUAGUGUGUUCUUAUCUACUUUGAAUUGCGGCAAGAACCUACCAAUUGCAGAGCUGGCCAAACUUGGUGGGGUAAUUGAGACUUUAGUACCUUCCCAGCCAGUUCAUGAUAUCUACGUUUUGGGGUUUCAAGAGCUAGUACCAAUAUGGCAAGGAUCCUUCCCUGAACUGGUCCAAUGUCAGCUACAAGACAUAUCGAGGGCUGUUUUAAAACUUCUCAAUCAGUUAGAGAGCCACCGCACGUUCAAACUGGCCACCCUAAAUAGUGUAGGGGCCAUUGGACUCUUAGUAUUUGUUGACGACAGAUAUAUUACAACUAGUUGCUUCAAAACUUCAGUGAAAUGUGGAAUGCUUUAUUCUAGCCUUAAGGGGGCUACUGCUGCCAAACUCACACUUCAAAACCCCGAAACAGAGAGAAUGGACUCUUUUAUAUUUGUAACUGCUCAUCUAGCCGCGAACGAAGGUGAGGCACAGCAACUCAAAAGAGAAAGCGACUACCAUACAAUUGUUAAUGAGCUAGAAAGAGAGCUUGGCUCCUUCAACGGCAACCAUGUCUUUUUCAGCGGGGAUUUAAACUUCAGAUCAAGCAAAUGGACUUCCAACCUCACCGACUACCAAGAUGCUGAACUUGUCCGGGAAGCCAUAUCAAAACACGAUGAAUUGACACGCAGUCGCAGGGCCAAUCGCAUAUUCCUAAAUUUCCAGGAGCCCCCCAUUCUCUUCGCUCCGUCUUACAAAUUCAUGCUUUCGGGCCUAGAGGCAUACCAUCCAGCACGAACCCCUUCUUGGUGCGAUCGAAUUCUCUUUCAGAACUACGAAAAACCUCUUCAGCCUAAAAUAAUCGAGUAUAGCACCUGCAAAAGGACGCAAGCGCUACAAUUCACCGAUCACUUGCCUGUUUUCCUACAAUUGAAAGUUCCUCACAUUGAAAUGAAGCUGUCUGCUACGACAGCUGAAAGCUCUGCGAACGUCGCUAGACCUGGGUCUCAUGCCAUCGGAAGUUUAGCUGAUUAUACUAUUGGCUAUUUUGGAUACUUAAGCGACCGCUACGGUUCUCAAGUUGCGGUGGUGUCCGGUAUCCUGGUAUUAUGGCUACUUUACAAUCUGUUCACAUGA